GACAAGGUCGGUGGCACGCGCGUGAGCUGUUAGCCGGCAGUGACCAAAGCAGAGCAGUCAGUUAGUUAAGCAUUUUACAGGAGCAACGACAGAGCUCGUGCGUUAGUCCGGUUAAUCACUAAAGCAAAGUUCGUCUCAGACAUGACCAGAGGAAGCCGCAGCCGUCCCUCGGCUCCAGCCAGCCCAACUCUAUCCCAUGCUCCGACCACCGCUCAUUCACCUCCUGCAGCCCUGGCUCCGGCUCCAGCUCCAGCUCAGUCCCAGGGUCCGGGCCUCAUGGCCCAGAUGGCUACCACAGCGGCUGGGGUGGCAGUAGGCUCCGCUGUGGGCCACGUCCUUGGCAGUGCCCUCACAGGAGCAUUUAGUGGCAGCAGCAGCGGCAGCAGCAGCAGUUCAGAGCCAGCCAAACCUACAUACCAGGAGCCCCCCCGGCCUGCUCCAGCCCAGCCAGGCCCUUGUCACUUUGAGGUCAGACAGUUCCUGGACUGUGCCACCAACCAGACGGACCUGAGUUUUUGUGAGGGCUUCAAUGAGGCACUCAAACAGUGCAAGUACUCCCACGGUGUGUCAUCACUGGUGUGAAGGAUCGCUGUCAGCUGUCACGACGGACAUGGAUUCUGUAGACAUGACCACAUAUGGACACAAAAAUGUGAAUGGUGUACCCUAGGCAGUGGGCCUGAGGUACACAGGUUUUGUUGAUAGUUGACCGUGUGGUGUAUGAAAUGUUUUUGGUAUGUACAGUGAUGAACCUUUAAUAAAUAGCUGCUAUCUACUUGCCCA